ACCAUACUGCCUGUCUUGAUGCGCAGAGUAUAGCCUCUUGCUUGGCGUGACGAUCCUCCAUAUUUAUAAAUCGCGUAGCUGUUGCCCCUGUAAGGUCUGGCUAGCCUAUAUUAGUUAAGCCGCAGACAGGCAAAAGCGGCCGAGCGUAUAUCAGCGAGGUCGAUGCAGAGUGUUGCAGUGCGUACCCUUUCGGACUAUGACACUGCAUAUCUGCCCGAUAACCUGACGACGAGUCCUGCGGCCUGCUCAUCAUCGAGCAGGACCGUGUCCAGCUACUCUAAAAGCUUACUUUGCACAGAGGAGGAUCUUGGAGUUGGAAAGCCUUGCCAAACAGAUGUCCUCGCGAAGGAUAUGUACCCGUUAUGGGAGAGCCGGUUUGAUGCCGUCCUGCUCCUUCAGCCGGCUGCGCCCGCUGACGACGUUGUCAACAAACUAGGCAUUUACAUAAGAGACGACAUCCGCAAACAAUACGAGCUCCACUUCCACCGCGCCGCCUCCUUCUCCGCCUUCUUUCCCGCACCCCUCUACCCUACACUCUCUCUCCCCCGCCGUCUUCCAUCCAUCCACCGCACACGCAUCGUUGGGUGGAUGCGUCAGGUUUCCGCCGCCCUUCACCUGCACGCGGCCACCCUGUUCGCAGCCACUUCACUGCUGGACCGCUUCGUGGGCUCGGUUCCGGAGCUGCCGCCCGACACGCUGCUGCAGCUGCUGGCGCUGGCGGCCAUGACGGUGGGGGUCAAGUACGAGGAGGUGGAUACCGUCCCGCCGUCGGUGUGGCUCAGUCUGGCAAUUGACGGCAGCGGAAACCAGCUAUACCAGCCCGCCGACCUUCAACGCAUGGAGUGGGUGCUGCUGCAAGCCAUUGAUUGGCGCCUACACACGCCCAACACCCACACCUUCCUCACACACUUCCUCGCCUGCAUGCAACCACCAACAGCAGUGGCCACCACCGCCACCACCACUCCUGCAGCCGAGGUGGCCGCAUCCACCGCCCCGGAAGAACACAUGGAAGAGGAGCCGCACCAACACCCCGGCGGCUUCGAGGCGUACGGAAUGCGGCGCCCCCUGGAGGCGAGUCGUACGGACAGCAUGGACACGGAUUCCGUGGAAACCCUGGCCUAUGCCACCGCCACCGCUACCGCAACAAUAACAGUGGCGGCUCUGUCCCAUCCUCCUCAGCACCCUCUUCGCCGUGCUUCUCACCCCGACGCCGCCGAUUAUCAUGAUCACGACUUCAGCGGUGGGCUGGCACCGCGGCAGGCGCUGCCGCUGUCCCAGCCUCCGUCACCUGCCCCAUCAGGCCGGGAGAUGGAGGAGGCAGAAGCCGCGACGAAGGGGACGGCGGCGGAGGCGGCCGGAGAGGUGGCAGACGGCAACAGCAGGGGCUGCAUGAAGAUGUACGAUGCUGCUGUGAUGUCGCCCCGCGGUGCCGCCUCCGCUGCUGCCGCCGCCGAGGCUCUGGGGCUGCUGUGGUGGCGGCCGGUGGCGGACAUGGCGAUGAUGCUGGCGGAGACGUCGCUCAUGCACGAGACCUUCCUGUCGUACGAACACAGCACCGUCGCUCUGGCCUGUGUCGUACUGGCGGAGCACAAGCUGUGCCCUCCGCCCGCCGCUGCCCGCUUGCUGCCGGCGUGCACGCGGGCGGUUGCGGCGGUGUGCGGCGCCUCGGGCCUGACUCUGCAGCAGCUCGCCCCCGGGCUGGAGGGCUGCGUGGAGGCGCUGGACAGGUGCUACGGAUUGCUGGGGAGCAGCGGCGAGCUGGGCAACAACGGCGGUGUGACGAACGGUAACAUGGGGGGCAGCGGCGGCGGCAAAUGCAGGAGCCCCGGGCUGCAGGGGCCGGGGACGGUCGCGGCGAUGGCUUGCUGUCAGUAGCUGUUGGGUUCGGUGGUCUGUACAUACCGAUAAACACAUGGGAUUAAAAGGCAUGAUGCGAGCAUUUAAUUAUAAAAGGCAAAAAAGAGAUCAGCAGGGGACCUUUUGAGGGCGCCGCCUUGAGCGGUUAGAGCAGGGGGUUAGUGCUGUUGGCCGCUGGGUCUGGGUCGCUUUAUCUGCUUGCAUGGCCAAGUGGCCGUAGUGGGGCGUGAGGGUGAAAACAUAGUGGGACUUUGUACAGGUGCACAUGCAGGCCCGACGAGGCUUUCCCAUGUUCGGGUGUGUGUUAAAAUAACUGGCCGCUGGGUGUGUGUGUGUGUGGUGGGUCUGGGGCUACCAGGUUUUGUGGGCAGCUAGGCCACUACUUCUGCGGGUAGUUUGGUUAAUGUUGGGUUUUGACCGGAGGUGGAGUUGUUGGGAGAUAUGUUGAGGGUUAGGUUGACUUGUGGUGGGAUUUACUGAUCGGGUUUGGGAAUUCCUGGGAAGAUAUCUAAGUGCAUAUCAUAAGUGUACUGUACAAUGCCCUACGGUCAUCAUUUACGUCAUGGUCAUUUGCCGGGAAAAGCGCAUGCAGCGGUGGGUUAAAGAAGCAGUCAUGUCAGGGGCAUCUUCGUUUAGGCGUCUAGGUGUGGCACAUGUUUCUAUGUCAUGCUGGUGUGGGGGGUUGUUGUGGCAUUUGGUGAGCAUCGUGAGUGCCUGGGGUGAGGGGCGCCACAGGGGGGCGAUUAGGAUUGCCAUUUGAUUUCGAAGUUCUUAACAAUGUGGCCCUUUCGCUGCUGCUGUUGUUUGAUGGCUUCUUUUGCUUUACGUGCAUCGAUUUCUGUUGCUUCUGCUGUUGUUCCGGCUGCGGUUCUCGGAUGAGUGGAGGAGGGGAGAGCCGUACAUACUAUGUGUGUUAAGUCAACUCGGCACACAUGGCUAGUUCCUCAAUCCGCACGUCGUGUGUCAAACCACGUCGUGCGUUACGAAGACCAGCCGCGAAGAAGAACGUCGUGUGAGUACCCGAGGGCCCCCGGGCUUCUGUCGUCUUACUACACUUGGUUUGUUUGUUCCUGCUGGGCAACGCGUGGGUGUUUUCCAUCGUCGUCACUGCUUUCAUUGCCUACAAGUUACUGCGGAAACUGUUGCAGAAGGGUAGGUUCUUGCAUGAACUAUUUCCGCAGCGGCGAUCGUAGUACUUCGCGGUAGUAGCAGUACAACGAUAGUAGUUAGCAGUAGCAGCGGUAGCAACGGCUCUUGCUUUGGGUCAAGUAAGGUUAAAUUCGAAUUUCGAGUUUGUUGUUGUGGCACAUUUAGGGUUGCUUGCAAAAGUGCAGUUGCAGGCCAGUAGUAAGGCCUUAGGAACCCCUAACUCUAGGUGUUGGUACGGGUGUUUGAUAUGCUCAUUUCCUUCAAGCAAGGAUUAAGGUGUUUCAGAUGAGCGUGCGCCCUUGAUGGGUGCAGCGGGCGAGCAGACUUGCAGGUAUUGCAUGGCAUGCGUUUUUGCGCCCCCUUGUAUACUUGCUGUGACUGUGAGGAGGCUUAGAUGAAAAAAGGUGUAUUGGUUACUGUUACACUGACAAGAUGCACUCUCUUUAGGAACACUCCUAGGAUGAUAGGUAGGCUGGUAGGUGGCUAGAUAGCUAGGUGGCAGUUUCAGGUGUUAGUUAGCUAGGCAGUUAGCUAGGCAGUUAUUAGGGCAGUUAGGGUAGUAUCAGUCGUUACAGUAAGCUAGGCAGUUAGGGCAGUUAGGGUAGGUUCAGGUGUUAUAGUUAGCUAGGCAAUUAGGGCAACUAGGGCAGUUUCAGGCGUUAUGGUUAGCUAGGCAAUUAGGGCAGUUAGGGUAGGUUCAGGUGUUAUAGUUAGCUAGGCAAUUAGGGCAACUAGGGCAGUUUCAGGCGUUAUGGUUAGCUAGGCAGUUAGGGUAGGCAUGACAACGUACGUGAAGGAUUGUAGCCUUGGUGAGAGAAAACUCGGGCGGUUUGCGGCUCUGCGGGAUUGUACGCUUCAUGAUAGGUGUGUGUUGCAAAAAGUGGCCGGGAGUGUGUGUGGCAGUGCUAUAUGGACAGGUGAUUGUAUGGGUGGGUGGGCUGGUCUGUGUGUAGGUUGGUGGGUAGGUUGGUGGGUAGGCGUUGGAAGGUGCCCCGGGUCUUUUGCACCGGUCGGAAAGGCCAAAUAUAUUGAGGGUAGGUCGCUUAUCAGGGGUCUUGGGGGCUGUGACACGCCUCUCGUGAGGCCGAGUGGUGUGGCGGCGGAACACGUGGGUUGGGCUUUGUACCUACUUGCGUAGGGUAGAACUGAGCUGCCUCUUGCUUCAUGCGGAAAGGAGAGAAGGUUGGCGGGUGUGCAGGCGGCUCUGGUUUCGGCGUGCCUCGGGGGCUGCAUCCUUUGGGCACCAGGAGUUAAAACAAACUCAAGGGAACCAAAUCCGCUAUGUAGGUGUGCGCUAUCCAGGUAAUGUAGGGUACGGUUGCUGGUUCUGCUAGUCUGGUCGAAUAAAGAUGGCAAGGGCUGUGGGACAUAGCUGAGAAUGGUCUUACAGCGCAUAUGCGUGCAGGGGAGUCCUGUGCGUCGCGCGCAACGCAUGUUGGGGGUUUGGAUUUGGUUGCAGUUUGGUCCGUCCCGCAUGGGGGGGAUUGGUAAGCGCGUUUUCAUGCAACGGUCGACCUGCAACGGUGCGGUUUGCAGGGGCUUCGUCAGGGGUUCGGCCGGUGGGGUCUAGGGCUCCAUUAAUAAACAGGCGGUCUUGAAGUUGAUGCGGUUCAUGCUUUUCCCAAAAGGUGUUGUCAUGGUGAUCGUAAAGGAUAGUUGUUUGUUUGGUUUGCAUGUUGAGGCUGAUCCCCUUAAGCAGGCAAAAGAGUAAGGAUAUGCAUGUGCCAAAGGACUUUCGUUAAUUGCUCAUCUUAGUUGGUUGAUGGUUGUUGGUGAAAGUUGUGGUAGCGUCGGGGGUGCCUUGGGUUCCUGAAGAUGACAGCAAUGCACCAUAGGUUGGAUAGAUGGGUAGAGUUGGGCAGGUGUAAUUAGUGAGGCAGUAGAAGGCGGGCCAGCUUUGCCGUCGGUAAUGGUCAGGUUUUGUUGCUUCGUGUUGCUAUUUUGGAUCUAUGCAUGAGUAGGGCCAACAUGAGUAGGGCCAACUUAGGUUGAACGCAAGCCGCCGUCCGAAGGCCAUCAAAGAGAGAAUGUAAGCAAUCCGGGCAUCGAAGAGAGAAUGUAAGCAAUCCUAUUG